AUGAAGCAGCUCCAGUUGGUGGAGCCAGUGAUGGCCAUCUACUGCUUUGCAAGUUUUGUCAGUUUUCCAAUAAUAGGGCAGUACAUCUAUCGCAGGAUGUGGGAAGAUGAGUUUAAUAAUACACUUACCUUCAAUGACAACGUGUCACUCUGUGAAACCAAUCAGAGUAGCCCCAACUAUAUCCAUCAAAAGGAAGUCCAGAAGCGAGCCUCCAUGUUUUCUACAAGGUUGGAUUUAAUUUCCCUUGUCCCGAGUCUUUUAAUGGCCUUAAUACUGGUUUCCUAUGGCGAUAAUCAUGGGAGGAAGGCAUCUUUACUACUUCCCUCUAUAGGCGGCUUUAUUAGUGUCACUGCUUAUUGUUCGGUGGCUUUCUUUGAGUUGCCGCUUGAAGUCUUGUAUCUCUCUUCAGUAGUCAGUGGAUUCCUGGGUGGAUUUGCUACAUUUUUUGGGGGAUGUUUUUCUUACAUAGUAGACAUAGCAAAGGACCUCCAGAAGAAGAAUAUUCGCAUAGCUUUUAUUGACAUGAUUUUUGGGGUGGCAAGUGGGGUUGCAGGGAUCACAUCAGGGUACAUCAUUAAUGCACUGGGAUUUAAUUGGUCAUUUUUCAUAUCAGCAAUUUUGCACAUUAUUAAUAUUUUGUAUAUAAUUUUUAUACUGGAAGAAACUGUAAAAAGGUCAGAAUUUUAUCAACCUGUACUGAGCAAAGAAGGUUUUAAGGAGCUCUUCUCUGGAGUUUUUUUAUUGUUUAAACAUGCAUCCUGCAAGAAACGACUGACAAUCGGGCUGCUGUUGUUUGCUUUUAUGUUUUUUUUGUUUGCCGAUUUUGGAGCUGCAAGCCUGUUCACCUUAUAUGAGCUGGACUCGCCUCUGUGCUGGGACCCGGUACUUAUCGGAUGGGGAUCGGCUCUGUCCACAUUUUGUUUUGUAGGCAGCUUCCUGGGUGUUUUCCUGUUCACACGCUGUCUGAAAGAUUCCUACAUCGUCCUCAUUGGAAUGGCGUCUUGGAUUGGAGGGAUCAUUAUGGCUGCAUUUGCCACAACAACCGUAACCAUGAUGUUAGUGAGAGUCCCUCUUCUAUUUUCUGCAAUGCCUCUUCCAGUGAUGAGGUCAAUGAUGUCCAAAGUAGUUUUGGAAAAUGAACAAGGAGCCCUGUUUGCAUGCAUCGCCUGUCUGGAGAGUUUAACCGGAAGCCUGACCAUCGUGUUUUACAACAGCAUCUAUGCAGCCACAGUCUUGUGGUUUCCAGGCUUUUGUUUCCUGUUAUCAGCUGCACUCUGCUUAAUUCCAUUAGGAGUAGUGUGGUAA